ACUCAAACCAACAGAUGGAUCAUGAUUCGACUUUAAAACGUGGUCUUGGAAUCACUGGGACUCCAGAGUCAACAUUUGCCAAGGGAUUAAGAUUCAAAUGGUUAAGCAAAGUAAAACCAGUAGGGGCGCCGAUGCAUAAGAACUUUCUGCCGCUAACGGAGAUCCCACCACCACACCAGCCACUCCACUAUCACCCAAACGGCCGCAGACAUUUGGACGAUGAUUGUACGAAGCAACCAGAAGGCAAACAAGUCUGGGAGGGAGGCAAAAUCCACUUAGCUCAGGAAUAUUAUGAUGAUGCUGGAAUGAGAACAGUGGCUACUAUUAUCUUUCCGGACCAUAUUGAUCACAAACAUUUCGAAGUGACCACGCAAGUGCCAUAUUUAACUGUGGGACUAAUCGAUGGCAUCGGCUACCAUCCCAGCACAAUAAAGAGUGAACACCCUCCCGAAUGCGAGAAGAUUUACCAGGAUCACAUAGCAGAAGCAUACUCUGAUGAAACAACGGACUUCUCCGAAGAGUCCUUGGAAGUGGCACGAGUACCCUUGUACCCUCCAGCCGGCACUCAACCACCACUGAACUCAGUAGAACUGGCAGGAAUGUACGCCGACAUGAGUUUAUGAUCAAGAAAGAGGCAAGAAAUACUAAUAACUACAAAUGGAAAAGAAACAGACUGCCUUUUGAGCUUUCUCUUCAAUAUUUGUUCACUAUACCUUUUUGGGUUACUUCAGUCGUCCAAAGCUUGUUAUGAAUAAGUAGGUAUGGAUACGCAAAACUUCUAAGAUAAAUUUUGAGAGGUACUUACCAUAUUUUUGUGUAUUUCGUAGCAAUAUCAAGUCAACAUAUUCACUAAUUGAUUUCAAAUGCAUAAGAAUUAUGCAGCACUUCCACUUUGCAGGUGUCUUCCUUUAACUCUGUCGACAAACAAGAUUACUUAGAACGAAACGAUGUUUGUGAUUUAACCGGGGAUUACUUUACCAAUUUUACGAUUGUCUUCAUCAUGUGUAUGCUACAUAUUGCAAAAACCAUGUCAUCGUUCAGUCAACGGCUUUGGACUUUACACUGUCUUAAUAUAAUAUAAUAUUCAACCA